AUGACCAGCAGGACUCGAGAUGGCUCUUCACCUAGUGUCUAUACCUACCUAACAAUCAUGGUUGGUUCUGGCUUGAUUGGUCUGUUGGCCGUCGCCUUUCAGAUAUCCUUUGCAAAGGCGGUGGAAGUUGACGUCAAAGUCGAUGCCUAUACCAGCACAGUUGAAUCAGACUGGACAGCUGUUUACUACUCGGAUCGCAACCCUCUGCUCAUUGGAAACGAUGGAGGACCGGAUAAGGGAGGUUUUCACGUCUACGACCUCACUUCCAAAUCUCCCCUACGAGAAGUGACGGCUCAAACACCAGGUCGCAGCAAGCUUGUCACUACAGUGUACGAUGUGGAUGACAAAGAUGUCCUGGUUACAAUUGCGCAGCCAGAUUCUGUGCUUCGUUCGUACGAGAUGCCAGAAUUUAAACAGAUCAAAGAUGCAGACUUUAAAGUGCUGGGUGAUUGGUCUGCGCUAUGCAGUUGGAAGAGCCCUGCUGGGAAUGACUACGUCUAUUUAUUUGGAAAGGGACAAGCAGUUCAAUUAUUGUUACGAGAGACUAAAAAGUCACUUGAGUUUGUUGAGAUCCAAACAUUUCCCACCGACUUUGAGACAUCUGGCUGUGCUGCGUCACGUUCUGAGUCGCGCAUGUACAUCUCAACAGACGAUGACAAGAGCGUUUAUUCAUUCUCUCUCAUAGAAUCUACGAACACACCCAAAAUCACCAAGGUUGGCAAGGCAGAAGACAACGUAACCGGCCUGGCUGUCUACGUACCCAAGAAGGGCUCAGAUUAUCUGUUUGUUGCCCAAACAGAAAAAAUUGCCGUCUAUGAUCAAUCAUUCAAGCUCAAGGGAACUUUGUCUUUGAUCGGAUUCGAGGACAUUGAAGUCCAGGGUCUGAACAUUUACCAAGGAUCAACGGACAAGUAUCCUGCGGGUGCUCUUACCUACGCCAUCGAGUCAGAAGAGGUCAACGGCUUUGGUGCAUCAUCGCUCGAAACAGCCUUGAAGAAGCUCAAGAUCGAGUCUAACACAAAGUAUGAUCCAAGAAAGCUCAAGAGUGAGUCCGAAAAGGAGCCAAUUUGCAAGACAUGCGAUGGCAACGGAUACUGCAUCAAGGACAAGAAGCAAAAGUGUGAGUGCUUCUCUGGCUUCUCUGGAAAGACUUGCAGCAGUUUCACUUGCGUCGACAACUGUUCCGGUCAUGGAAAGUGUGUGGGUGCAAACAAGUGUAAAUGCGACAAGGGAUGGGGAGGUCUGUACUGCUCAUUCCUCCUCGUUGAGCCAACAUACGAGACAGAGUCACGACUCGGUGAUGGAGACGAUCCUGCCAUCUGGGUAUCUCCUGAGGGCCCAGAAAAGUCUCGUAUCGUUACCACGAUGAAGUCCGGUGAAGAGGCUGGUCUCAGUGUGUUUGAUCUCAAGGGCAAUCUAGUUCAGACUUUUGCUGCGGGCGAACCGAAUAAUGUGGAUAUGAUUUAUGGCUUCAAGGCGGGUGAUCGCAAGGUUGAUCUUGCUUUUGCUGCGUGUCGAGCUGAUGAUACUUUAUGUCUUUUUGAAAUGCUUCCCAAUGGAACACUAACCGAUAUCCCCGGCGGCUCUCAUCCUGUUGUUGAAGAUUACAGUGUUUAUGGCUCGUGUACAUACCGUUCACCAAAGACAGGAAAACAGUAUCUCUUCGUCAACGAAAAAUCCGCACGAUAUCUUCAAUACGAACUCACUUCCACAUCUGACGGAGAACUCCAGACGAAGCUUGUGCGAGAGUUUCAAGGCGGUAGCGGCGGACAGGUCGAAGGAUGUGUCACCGAUGAAGAAAAUGGCUGGAUUUUCCUCGGCGAGGAGCCUUCUGCUCUGUGGCGAUAUGGUGCCGAGCCAAACUCCAAGGAUGAGGGACUUGUUAUCGGCAAGGUGGGUGAUGGAAAGCUCUACGGAGACGUCGAAGGCGUAACGCUUGUCUAUGGGUCAAACCCCGAUGAGGGAUACAUCCUAGUAUCCUGCCAGGGCGUCAGCGCAUACAACGUCUACCGCCGGGCCGAGCCUCACGAAUACGUUACAACAUUUACUCUCGUUGAAUCAUCUAACGGAAAUAUCGAUCCUGUAUCCAACACAGAUGGCAUAACAGCCGUGGGAACAGCACUAAACAAGGAUUUCCCUCAUGGCUUGGUCGUAGUACACGACGAUGCUAAUCAGCUACCAAACGGGAAGACCAGCGCAGAGGCAAGCUUCAAGAUGGUUAGCCUUGAGAAGAUCCUCGGGUCCAAGGUUCUGGGGAAGGAGGGUCUACUGGACCAAGUUGACAAGAACUGGGAUCCUAGAAAGUAA